AUGAUCAAAUACGUGAUUAUGGGAUUACGUGGUUUCUUUGUUUUAGCGGCGAAAAUAUGGAGUUUUAUGUGUUACAUUUUUAAACGCCAAGUGCGAGCUGUGAUCCAACAUCAGACAGUGAAGUAUGAUGUCAUACCAUUGUCGCCACUUUCAAAGCACAGACUAUGUAUGACGAAGAGAAAAGUUUUGGUCUUAGAUUUAGACGAAACACUAAUUCAUUCACAUCAUGAUGGUGUACUACGACAGGUUAAACCAGGGACGCCGCCAGAUUUUGUUUUAAAGGUCACAAUAGACAGACAUCCAGUUCGAUUUUUUGUUUACAAGCGGCCUCACGUUGAUUUCUUUUUGGAAAUGGUCAGCCAGUGGUAUGAACUGGUAAUAUUUACAGCGAGCAUGGAAAUUUACGGUGCAGCAGUCGCCGACAAGUUGGAUGGGGGGAAGAACAUACUAAGAAGACGUUACUAUAGGCAGCAUUGUAACUUGGACAUGGGGAGCUACACAAAGGAUUUAUCAGCAAUCAACCCAGAUCUAUCCAGUGUUUUUAUACUAGACAACUCACCAGUAGCUUACCGCAUGUUUCCAGAUAAUGCCAUACCUAUUAAGUCAUGGUUCAGUGAACCGCGAGAUACUGCUCUUCUAUGUCUCCUGCCGAUGCUGGAUGCCUUGCGGUUCUGCAACGAUGUUAGAUCUGUGCUUGGCAGAAAUCUACAUUUAUCACGGGCAUGGUAG